UGACAACUAUGUUUUGAAAAUUAAGAAUAUAAGAAUAUGCUAGCUAACCAAAUAAUGAUAUGAGCUCAGCUCGUUCUCGGCACGCGCGCAGUAACCAGACACCGGACCAGACCAGAGACGCGCUCGGGAAGAUGGCUACCGAGGCCCCGCCUGCUUGCCGGACAGCCACCGGUGGCAACUGCACCUGGAGGCGGUACCUGGUGCAUUUCCGCUACGACAUGCGCUACAAGGCUGUGUUUAUGGUUACAGCACUGUUCCUGGUGUGGGUAGCCUUACAACAUGGACCAAGACCCAGAGUCCUGCAUUACAUGUGGAGUUACGGAGACCUGGUGGUUCUACCUGAGGAUGAAGCGGUGUCUCAAGGUGCUGUGUGUCUGGACGGGUCACCUCCAGGCUACUACUUAAGGAGAGGUACAGGGAAAGGCGCUAAGAACUGGAUUAUCUAUCUGGAAGGUGGGGGUUGGUGCUGGGACGUCCCCGACUGUUAUAAAAGAAGCCUGACGAACUGGGGUUCAUCCAAGUACUUCAAAUGGAAUUUCUGGUUUGAUGGAUUCCUGUCGAACUCCCCUUCAGUUAACCCAGACUUCUACAACUGGAACGUGGCCAUGUUGAAGUAUUGCGACGGUGCUUCUUUUGCAGGUAACAGAACAGAUGUAGUGGUACACGAGGGUAAGCAGCUGUACUUCCGUGGCAGACGAGUUCUGCAGGCGCUGUUAGACCACCUGUUGGCUCAUGGACUGGACCAGGCAGACAGGGUCAUUCUGAGUGGGGUGUCAGCUGGUGGGGUAGCUGUGAUGCUGCAUGCGGACUAUGUCAGAUCCAGACUGCCAGCACGUGUGACGUACCACGCUCUGCCGGACGCUGGGUUCUUCCCCGACACGCGAAACAUCACGGGACACGAACACAUCCGUACCCUGUACCAGCGCUCCUUCACCAUGCAGAACUGUUCAGGUGGUGUGGACGACGACUGUAUAAAAGACAAGACGGAGGAGAUGCAAUGGCAGUGCUACAUAGCACAGUAUGCCUACAAAUACGUCCAGACUCCCAUGUUCAUCGCUAACUCUGGUUACGACUACUGGUCCCUGUGGUUCGUCUACCACCUGCGCUGUCACCCCGAACAGUGCCCCCCUGAAAAACAAGACAAACUGGAGGAAUUUCAUCAGAAAAUCCUGGCAAUCACGUCCCAAGUCAGGAAGUCGGAAAAAGAUGGGAUUUUCCUGCCGUCGUGCUUCAUCCACUCCCUGACGUCAUUUGGGUACACAUGGACGGACUAUCUCGUGUCUGGGACAAGUCUCCGCGAUGCAUUCCACAAGUGGUACACAGGAAAGACCCCAGCAGUAGUGGCCAAUUAUUUUGAUAAGCCAUAUCCAGAAAACCCUACUUGUCCCUGGACCAUAGAGUUUUACAACAGGGUUACCCAGAGGCUGGGGGCAUAUGAGUUUUAUGUGCAGUAGUAGCUGUUGGGUAUUUUUUCUGGUUUCUGGAAUACAUUUAUUUUCAUUUACAUGUAUUUUCUAAUGCUUAGGUCAAUGGGAAAAACCAAAAGACUGUGGCCAUUAAUACAGGUUUGACUGUAUCUACUUAUCCAGGUACAAUGUAUCACCUCUGUGUGGUUCUCAUGUGAAAGGUCACAAUUAGAGGCAUGCACGGUGGGUCGAUUGUCAUGCCAUUCAACAUGGCUUGUUAGAAUAAGUGUAAGAAGCUUUUUUUGUUGGGAAAUGGCAUUUUUGAGCUGGAAAUUAUAGGUAAGGGCUUCGGUUAUUUUAUUUGGUAAGAAAAAUAGGCUUUUAGUUAUGUUUGGAUUGUUCUGGACAGUCUAGAACAAUUACAGUUUGAUGUUUUCAUUUCUAGUCUAGAGAGGUGAAAGGUUACCAGAAUUACCGGUAGUCUUGUUACUACGGUAACACUUUUGCUGUCGAAAAUGUUUCAAAAUCUCUUGAUGGACACUUCAGAAGUCAGAUUGUGAUUUUUCCAUGGGCUAAACCUCAGUAGGGUGACUUUUGAUAGCCUUUUUCUGACACAUUUUCUAUACAAAUGACGAAACUGUAUUAGUGGGCUGUGCCCUCCAAUUCAGAUGAUAUGCAUGUUUGUGAAACUGCCUCAGUCAGCAAUCACAAAGGUUUCACAAACAAAUUAUUUUUUUGAUCUCUGUCAACAUGUAAUGUCAAAUGAUAUCAAUGUGGAGCUAUGGAGAUUAUAUUCAAAGUAAUUUAUUAUUCUAAGAUAUGGUGUAUACAUUUCAUUGCUUACAACAGUUGAAGUUGUAAAAGCCUAAACGUUAUAGUGUAUGGAAAUUUUCAUGGAAUAUGUUGUAUAUUUAGUUUGGGAACUAAAGUAAAGGUUAUGAACCUUGGGUUAUGAAGAAGAGUAACGUUAUAUUGGUACAUGUAUUACACAUAAAAGUGAUAUAUAUAUAUUUCUUCUUUUUGCGUUGUAUUAUUCUUACUUGAAGACGAUGAAGAGUUGAUUGUAUUUGGGAAGGAUGAUGUAGCUCCUUGUCAUUUUAUAGCUGGUUGAACUAUGCACUCCUGACUAAAAUAGCUGUAUCUGAUUUUACUUUAGGCUGUCAAUGAUUAUGUUAUUGUUGUAAGUUUGUGAGGUUUCACACAUUUGGUGCCAGCUACAAGGUUGUGUCUCUAACAAAAAGUAGUUGUAAUAUUUUUCAUUAUGUAUUCAAAAAGUAUCCUCAGGAAGUUUGAGAGAACAGACUAAGUUACAAACUAAUCAUGUUUGAAGCAAAUAUGGAGUUUUGGAAACGUGGAGUUUUGUCACAUCAGUGGUCCAAAGGUGAGGUUUAAUAAAAUUGCUUUGGUGGUCCUAA